AUGGAAAGCACACAAAAUGGAUUGGGAAACGAUAACCCGCAGCUUGAUCCGCACGUGAUUGAGAGUGUAUCAGAAAUAACAGCUGCACCUGAGCCAAUCACGAUGGCAGGAGUUCAAGCAAUGGUACAGACGAUGUUGGAUCAACAGAUGGAAGAGACAAAACGUUUACUUCAACAAAGUAAGGUCGAACUUACUGUGCCAGUACGCCAGAUACCUACUCUUGAGAUAACUAUCGGGGUUGCUAAGGCAGUUGAAGAAGUGAUCAACGGUGGUAUCGCCAACAAGAAAAACUCUAGAAAAAGUGGCGAGGAGGUAACAUGUUUUAAGUGUGGAAAGCAUGGUCAUUACGCCGACGAAUGUCCAUUCAACGAAAGGGUAUGUUAUGAAUGUAAUGAGGAAGGGCACUUCAAGCAGGAUUGCCCAAAGAGGGAAGAACAUACAAAGCCAAAUGUGCCACUGAAGCAUUAUGAGAGAUGUGACGAAGAGGUGACUUGUUACAAAUGUGGAAAGACAGGGCAUUACGCCAACAAGUGUGUUUCCAAAAAGAGGGUGUGCUAUAAAUGCCGAGAAGAAAGGCAUUUAUCUAAGGACUUCCCGAAGAAGAAAGAAGGAGCAAGACUAAAUGCACUGUCACAGCCAAAGGCAUGA